AUGAUUGAUGUUAAUAAAAUUGCUGUGCCAAGAUGGCUUGGAAUUUCACCAAAGAAAUCCAUUGAAAUUCAUGGUUUCUCAGACGCGUCGAACAGUGCAUAUGGAAUGACUUUUUACGCCAGAGUAGAAAGUGGAUUUGCAAUUGAAUGUAAUCUGAUAACAUCGAAAACUCGAGUUGCACCACUAAAGGGUAUGACUAUACCACGUAUGGAGUUGUGUGAAGCGUUGAUGAUGGCGCAAAUGUGUCAACAAAUCUGUAGUGUUCAUGAUGUGUCAAUGAAUAAAUUGACUCUUUGGACAGAUUCAAGCAUAGUCAUACAUUGGUUGUCAAAGUGUCCAUCUGGCUUAAAGGCAUUUGUUGGUAAUCGUGUUGCCGAAGCCCAAGAAUGUACAAAGGGAGCGCAAUGGAAGCAUGUGCGUACAAAUGACAACCCUGCUGAUUUGGCUUCACGAGGCUUAUUUGCAAGUGGAUUAGUUGGAAAUUCGCUUUGGUUCCAUGGACCACACUGGCUGUCGAAACCACAUUCAGAUUGGCCAGUUAGCAGUUUUACCGUUGAUCAACGUGUCAAAGAGGCUACAGUAGCUGAGUCAAGAGCAAUUCAGGCAUGUGCUAUUAUUCGAGUUGAAACUGUGCCGCGAAUUGAAGUUACAGUAAAUGAUGUAACAUCAGAAUUGUUGUUGGAUCGUUGUAGUUCGAUGAUGAGGUUGGUUUGUGUUACUGCUAGAGUUUUGGCUUUCAUAAGAAUGAUAAAAACCAAAGAGAAAGUCUGUUCAACUUUCAUUGCCCAUGCCGAUUACUUGGAGGCUCAAGCGAUUUGGAUUAAAUACCAUCAACAAAAAUAUUUCGCCGGAGAUAUUGAGCUACUCAAAAAUGGUAAAAGUUUAUCGCGUGAUUCAAUAAUAGUGAAAAUGUCACCAUUCGUUGAUGGUGAUGGUUUGUUGCGUGUUGGUGGCCGUAUAAAGCGUUCUAUGAUGUCUUUUGAUACGAAGCAUCCGAUAAUAUUGCAUCAUGAUUAUAGAUUUUCACAUCUAUUGGUGGUAGAAGCGCAUCGACGUACCUUACAUGGCGGCACUCAGUUAUGCAUUCAGUAUAUUAGACAACGUUUUUGGAUGAUCGGUGUUCGUAAAGCAGUUAAGAAAGUUUCGCUCAAGUGUAUGCCCUGUUUUCGCCAAAGAAAAGAAGUGGCUGACCAGUUAAUGGGCGAUUUACCGAGUGUAAGGGUUAUUUCGGAUCAUCCUUUCGAAUCAGUUGGUGUUGAUUACUGUGGACCUGUCAUGAUAAAGGAACGUUCUGGCCGUUGCAAGAAGUUAUACAAAGCAUAUAUUGCUGUGUUUGUUUGUAUGAAAACAAAAGCAGUUCAUCUCGACUUGGUGACUGACCUUACAACUGAUGCAUUCAUGGCUUGUUUGACGCGUUUGGUUUCGUUGCGCGGGAGCGUCCGUGAAAUAUUUAGCGACAAUGCCACUACUUUUCACGGAGCAGCGAAUGAGCAGAAAGAGAUUUUCAUGCAUUGGAAGGGUUUGUCUUUGUCUGAAAGUCUGCAAUUGUUACAAGUGAAAUGGACUUUCAUCACACCUUUGUCGCCGUCACAAGGAGGUUUAUGGGAACGAAAU